AUGGCUGAUAAACAGUACCAUGUGAUGAUGUUCCCAUGGUUGGCAUUCGGUCACAUGCUCCCAUUUCUUGAGUUGGCAAAAAAAUUAGCAGCAAAAGGUAUCUCCAUAUCCUUCAUUUCUACCCCAAGAAAUAUUCAGAGAUUACCUUCCAUUCCUGCAAGUUUAACUGACCAGAUAAAGCUGGUGGAAAUCCCAUUGCCGCCGACUGAUGGCUUGCCAGAAAAUUCCGAGGCUACGAUAGACCUGCAGCUGGAACAAGUACAGUAUCUGAAGAAGGCCUACGAUGGGUUGCAGGCACCAUUUGAAAUGUUACUGCAGAGGGAUCAACCAGACCUGAUACUGUUUGAUUUCAUCCCAUGUUGGGUACCAGAAACUGCUGCUAGAUUUGGUGUGCCCACAGCUUUUUUUAGUGUAUUCUCAGCUGCAACAUUAGCAUAUACAGGGCCACCAGAUGAGCUGAAGUCCUUUGGCAGUCGAACCAGAAUUGAAGAUUUUACAGUAGCACCACGUUGGAUUCCUUUCCCUUCUCUUGUUGCCCACAGACCAGAUUGUGCCGCACGGAUCUUCCAAAACUUGAAGCUUUCUGAUAUAUCUGGCAUGUCAUCUGGCCAACGGCUGGCGACAACCCUGGAAGGAUGUAACUUUGUUGUUGUAAGAAGCUGCAGAGACUUUGAAGGAAACUACUUAAACCUUCUUGAAGAACUCUACCAGAAACCAGUUUUGCCUAUUGGCUUACUCCCACCAAAUCUAGAAAAGAACAAAGCUCAGAGUCUCCUCAAUAAAAACUGGGAUUUUACUUUCAAAUGGCUGGACAAACAGAAGCUGAACUCCGUAGUUUUUGUGGGAUUUGGAAGUGAGUACAAGAUGCCUGUUGAACAGAUCCAGGAAUUGGCCCUUGGGAUUGAGCUCUCCAAGCUACCUUUUAUAUGGAUUCUCAGGAAGCCAGAUGAAGUUGAUAGCUCAGGCUUCUUGCCUUCUGGGUUUUCAGCUAGAACCUCUGGCCAGGGCAUAGUUUGUUAUGGUUGGGCACCACAACAGGAGAUCCUGGCUCAUCCUGCCAUUGGAGGAUGUCUCUUCCACUCAGGGUGGGGUUCCAUCAUUGAAUCCCUUUGUUUUGGACACCCCCUAAUUCUCAUGCCGAUGAUGGCUGAUCAAGGUCUGAAUGCAAAGCUGUUAGUGGAGAAUGGAAUUGGAUUGGAGGUGCAGAGGAAUGAAGACGGCUCCUUUGAUCGAGAUGAAGUUGCUAAGUCCAUGAGAAUAGUGAUGGUAGAGCAGGAGUGGGCAUCAUUACGACUGAAGGCAGCUCAAGUUCAAACUAUUUUCACCGACCAGUAUCAUCAUGAAAACUACAUUAACAAGUUUGUUCAGCAUUUGGCAAUUACAAGAGAAACUUGUCAGAUGUCUGAAGAUCCCAAUUGA